AGUGUGGUGUUUUAUAUCCAGUCCCAGCCAUCCGUCGUAUAGCAUGGUGCAUAAGGUCGGAUCCAUUCGUGACCAUGUAUCAAGGGACUGACUCAAUACACUUGUCCAGAAUAAGUAGGGACCAACAUGCCCUUCGAGACCGUCCUCCCGACGAAGUCAGACGAGAUGUGGAAAGGUUCCAUGAGCUCUAUGAGCUGGAAAGCGUUGUCAGCAUUGAGACCCUGCAAGAGGGAGCCAAGCUAGGGUACGACAAUGUCAACCCCAACGAUCGGAGCGGUCCAAAGGACGACUCAAUCAGUGGGGAGGAGCAACCGGGGUUUUUUCACCAGACAAAGGGGCUCAAGGCAAUUAUUCUCACUACAGCAUGUGCCGCAAUCACACAGUAAUUUGUCCUUAAACCAGGCAUUCUGUAUCAUUGCACCAGUCUGAUAUACAAAUAGAGGAUGGCAGCAAUCAUCUAUUAACGCCAGCUCUCAAGAGUGGCGGAUAGCCCUCAACAUG